GAUUCAAUUCAACCUGUUAUUAAGAAAAUGAACAAAGGUAAUUGGCUUGAAGAAUAUGAACAUUGGUUUCUACACACUUUGCAACAUAUGCUGCAAAAUGAUGAAUACGCCACUAAAACUGGAUUGUGUGAUCCUAUUCUUUACUUGGAGUGUGUCACCAAGGGCAAUAGAAGAGCUCUCUCUUAUAUUCCAAGAGGCGACCCUGCUAAACAAAUACUUAAAUUCAUAGCAUUGAAUAAAGGUGACACAAGUGGUCCAACAUCUGUAUUAGCUGAGUCUUUAGGGAAGAGUCCAGACCGGAUGCAAUCACACAGUGAUGCUGAUUCUUGUGAAAAUCUCAAUAAAAAGUGUCCUUCAAUGCUGGCUCCACAAAGUGAAAAAGAACCUGUUAUCGUAAAAGAACCUCCUUCGACGCCUUUCAUACCUAAAUCGAAUGCAUCAGAUAAGAAAGCAAAUGAAUGCUUUUUCAUUGACAAAAAAUCUUCUGGCACUGGCUUUUAUAAGAAAUCGGUCGCAGAAGAUGAAGAUCCACUUCCACUGCAGAAGAACACUUCGAAGAAAAGCCAGGAAUCAGGUUUUGAUGGAUCAGGAUAUAAAAGUACUUCAAUAAAAUCUGUUAAGAUUACCAUUACCCAAACAUCUAAUUCAAAUCAACCUGCUGAUAGCUUUAGAGGCAAGUCACAGAAAGACACUUUUGAUCGUAAAAUUACUGAUGACAAAAAUUUAAGUACUUCAAACAAAAGCAAUGAUAAAAAGAAGGCAAGUGCACCUUCUGUGGAAAAAGUAUUCGAUAAAAACUGCUCGAAAGAGGUUUCAACCAACAACAAAAAUAUUGAAAAAAAGAAUGUAAAACCACAAAAAAAUUCUUCCAAUACCAAAGAUGUGAAUACAAAGAAUGAACAAAAAAGAAUGACGAGAAGCACUUCAGGUGUAUCAACUCAAAGUCAAAAGAUCAAACAGCCCAUAAAACCCAACCCCCCAGACAAAAAGAAGCCCACUCACGAGCCCCAACAAAUAGAUUCUUCUGUCAAAACUACAAUCGCUGAAAAGUCUCGCCCAACACAGCAGAAGGUUAAUCAACAACAAUCAGCUGGCCCCACUGAUAAGACGGUCAAUAAUGAUAAGAUGGAAACUGUUAAGAGAACUGUGAAGCAAACCGAUAGAGAAUAUGAUCGUCCCAGAGACAACAAAAAUAGCAAUCAUCAUUCUGGAGAAAACAAGACUACUGUACCUAUUCAAUUAGCGAACAAGCCAACAGCCUCUCACCUGUCAAGUUCUGAAAACCCCUCGUCAUCAUGGAAUAAAUCACGUAUUCGGUCCUUCGAGAGUACGACAAGCGAUAAUUCUACAAUUACUUACCAAAAGAAGGAUUAUAUUGAAGUGCCGAAGUCCCGUCCAGUUUUUACUCCCAAACAGGAGAAAUUAUUACCAGUAUUUAAGCAACAAGUGGAAAAAACUGUAAUUCAGAAAAACUUGAAUAUAUUAUAUAGCUUUGACAAAUAUAGAAAAACAAAGAUACUUGGUGUGGCAAGGGACAUCUUACAAACAUUUGGCAAAGCUUAUAAAACUGCUUGUUUCAAUAGUGAUCAAGCUAUUUAUUGCAUCUGGAGUUUGUUCGACAAGCCAAGCAAAGAUAUACUGGAUGAAUAUAAUCGAAGACUUCGAAGAGUGAAUUUAGAAAAGCCUUGUUUUGGCGUUGAUACAAAAACCUUCAUACUUUUUCAGAAAACGGUUUUCAAUCUUUGUUAUGACUACCUACAACCAAAGGUUAAAUAUAGGGAGCAAUUUGCUGGAAGUAUCAGACAUGUUAGGUUAUAUGCAGAAAACAUGUUUCCUCAGUUUCAAGGAGAAUCACACUAUUUGAUAAAGCUUUGGACAUGGUGUGAGAGAAUGUAUAUGAUUCUGGAAACAAAAGGGUUGCCUAGUUCAGAUAAACACUCUUUACUUAGUGAUUACGAACCUGCUGAAAACCUUGAAGAAAAAAUAUCUUUAUGGUUAAAGGAAAAAGAUCGCAAACCACUGUAUGAAAUUCCAGAUGAUACGAGCAUUAAAUUAGUUCUUGAAGUUCAUUGUGAACUUCUCAAAAAAGAUGAUCGCAGCACAAAGCAGAUGGCUGUGAUGAUGAUUGUCGGAGUUUGGACAGAAGGUUUAUCCAGCAAAAUAAGACCAUCUACGCAAACAGAGGAGAAUAAGAAUGUCACUGAAGAGUUUGACGAAUCUGAAUUAGAUGAUCUUGUGAUUUUGGAUGAAGUUUAUUCCGAUGACUCUGACCCGAAUGAUGAUGAAGUGGAAAUCGACAUUGAUGUCAGUGAUGAUAUUUCGAGCAUUUCAAGUGUUCAAGUUAUUGAUCUUUUCUGAGUUCUGAUAAUCUUCAAACGGAGUAAAUUUUUGCUGCCGAUCACAACUGCCUCAAAAUGCGCAAUGUAGAAUGCAAAGAUAACGAUACACUGUUCUUGUGGUGGCAACUGCUUCAGUAUCGUAUUGGAAGAACAAAAACUUCAUCUGUAGUAUUCUGAGUCUGUAUUUCAUGUCAAUAGGUUUCAAAGACAUAUGUAUAUUCAAUCCAAAUGUUAAUGUUCUUGUGCCAUGCCUAGCGUUUUGCACAUUCAUUGUUGGUGUGCGUUACCCACUGUAAAAUAUGAAGAUAUUUCAUGAAUAAAAAUAAUGUUUGAUUGGA